AUGGGCGCGGGUUUUGGACCUCUCAAGGGUCAUCGCGGGCUGUUGUUGGAUGCUCUCGAGUCGGUGCGGAUGGUAACGGCAGAUGGAAGGCUAGUCACAGCAACAGCGAGGCAAAAUCCUGACCUUUUUUGGGCCGUUCGCGGAGUAGGCGCCAACUUUGGUGUCGUCACCUCCGCGACUUUCAAGGUUUACGAUAUCACCAACAAGGGGCAAGUCAUGGUCGCCGACCUGGUCUAUCCGGCCACCGCCAAUCAUACCUUUUGGAGGACCUUGCAGUCCUUCGAGCACGCAAUGCCGUCUCGAUUGGCCCUGACUGCAGUAGCGGUCUACAACCGGACCAUCGAUCUGCCGCUGAUCGUGCUCCAUGCGGUCUAUUUUGGUCCGCAGGAAGAUGGCGAAGCUUAUUUGGAGCCUUUCAAGGACCUUGGCCCCCUUGUGAGCAACAUCACCAUGAUUCCCCAGAAUACCAUGUUUCCUUCUGACCAUGGAACCUGCGUGCCUAAUCAACGUAUAAACCUCUACACCCUCGCCCUCAAACAGUUCGAUCCGCCUACCUUCGACUCAUUCUAUGCCCGUCUUACGGACUUUUGGCGUGAGUAUCCUGAGCUACCAAGGCCGCCUUCUAAUAGGCAGCGCUUCUCCAACGAUGCCGUGGCAGCGGUACCGGAUGCUGAGACAGCGUACCCAUGGCGUGAUGCGAUUGCACACAUGAACAUCGAAAGUUUCUAUACCGACCCCGGCAACGAUGACGCCAUAAAUGAGUUUGUCACGCCGGCCCGUGCCCGGUUUGCAGAGACGAGCGGUUUCGACACCCUUGCCACCUAUGUAAACUUUGCGCACGGAGACGAGGGUCCCACGGCAUGGUAUUCCGCACGCAAGCUGCAGAAGCUGUCGGCCUUGAAGAGACAGUGGGAUCCGAAGGGGCUUUUCAGUUGGCACAAUCCGGUGCCAAUGAGAUGGGACCUAGAUAUCAGUGAGAAGGAACACCUAGGGAAUCAGAAACUACCGGAAUGA